UCGAAUACCCCCUUUAAUUUCAAAUAAAAUACUUUAGAGCAUCCCCUCAGAAUAAUUAUAGUUGAGCCCCACUCUAAACGACAAGAGAUCGAAGCUAUCAGUAAGCUCUUUCAUCCAGAGAUCAAAGCAAUCCAUCCACACUCCACAGAUAAAGAAAGUGUAAAGAAGGGUUUUUGUUAGAAUGGCAAGUAUUAGGAAUCUGAAAAUUAAGACCUCUACUUGCAAACGCAUUGUUAAGGAGCUUCAUUCUUAUGAGAAAGAAGUCGAGAGGGAGGCUGCCAAGACGGCUUCCAUGAAGGACGCGGGAGCUGAUCCCUAUGAUAUUAAACAGCAGGAAAAUGUGCUUGCUGAGUCGAGAAUGAUGAUUCCUGAUUGUCACAAACGCUUGGAAGCCUCGCUUGCUGACCUUAAGGGGAUUUUGGCUGAGCUGGAGGAAUCGAAUCAGAAAGAAGGCCCAGAAAUUGAUGAAGCUAAAACCACCAUAGCGGAUCUGGAAAAGGUGGUCGAAACAACAGAAGACUAGCAUCUAGCUGUCAGACAACAGAUUUUUCUCAGAGGACUUGGUUAUUGUUAGUUUUAUAUAUUGUCAUGUACUUCUAAUUGUGAGGUUUACUGGGAUUCAGUCAUUUGUGCUAGUAAGAGAAUUUUUCAUUAACUUGUUUUAAAUAUAAAUCUGAACAUUUUGUGUGUUA